AGAUGGCGGACGGCGACAGCGGCAGCGAGCGCGGCGGCGGUGGCGGGCCCGGCGGCUUCCAGCCCGCGUCCCGCGGCGGCGGCGAGCAGGAGACGCAGGAGCUGGCCUCGAAGCGGCUGGACAUCCAGAACAAACGUUUCUACCUGGACGUGAAGCAGAACGCCAAGGGCCGCUUCCUUAAGAUAGCCGAGGUGGGCGCAGGCGGCUCCAAGAGCCGCCUCACGCUGUCCAUGGCGGUGGCCGCCGAGUUCCGCGACUACCUGGGCGACUUCAUCGAACACUACGCGCAGCUGGGCCCCAGCAGCCCCGAGCAGGUGGCAGCGGCAGCGGGCGCCGAGGAGGGCGGUGGGCCGCGGCGCGCGCUCAAGAGCGAGUUUCUGGUGCGCGAGAACCGCAAGUACUACCUGGACCUCAAGGAGAACCAGCGUGGCCGCUUCCUGCGCAUCCGCCAGACGGUCAACCGCGGCGGCGGCGGCCCGGGGCCCGGCGGCCUGCAGAGCGGCCAGACCAUCGCGUUGCCCGCGCAGGGCCUCAUCGAAUUCCGCGACGCGCUGGCCAAGCUCAUCGACGACUACGGCGGCGAGGACGACGAGCUGGCUGGGGGCCCGGGCGGCGGCGGCGGGGGCCCCGGGGGCGGCCUGUAUGGGGAGCUCCCGGAAGGCACCUCCAUCACGGUGGACUCUAAGCGUUUCUUCUUCGACGUGGGCUGCAACAAGUACGGAGUGUUCCUGCGCGUGAGCGAGGUGAAGCCGUCCUACCGCAACGCCAUCACCGUCCCCUUCAAGGCCUGGGGCAAGUUCGGGGGCGCUUUUUGCCGGUAUGCAGAUGAGAUGAAAGAGAUCCAGGAGCGGCAGAGGGAUAAGCUUUAUGAGCGACGCGGCGGGGACGAGUCAGAGGGAGAGGAGGUGGAUGAGGAUUGAAACGCCUAGCUUCCCUUACGGGCCUCCCCACCCGACCGCUAGAGAGCCCCCCUUCCUGUUCAUCCCAGUGAGCUAGUGGAGGGGGAGCAAGGGAGGCUCCAGAAGGAGAAAACAAAAUUUAAAAUAGUUAAUUAAGAGAAAUAACCAUAAGAGAGAACAGUUACGGACAAUUAGAGAAAAGCAGUAAAGUUCCAAGGAAUUGACAGCAACCUACAAAGAGAGGACAACAGCGCCUCCUCACCUGAGCAAAAGUCUCAGCUUCUGUUGCUUCCCAGCUGGGGUUCCUAAAUCCAUUAGAAUAAUCCUGGGUGGGGUAGAUCCUUGCACAUUGGCCAAGGAACAACUCUUGUGUUACCCAGACCCACUGAUGACAGCUGAAUUUGUAUUAUACCUGGGUAACCUGGUCUUAAGAUAGUGUCUGUCCCUUCACCGCCAUUGAAAUCAGCGUUUUGGAUCUAGAUCUUCAUGGAAUUCUUGUGAAGAGAGAGGCAUUUGCAGUUACCCAGUUCUGAGGGUACAAGUUUUAUGAAAAGGAAUGCAACUUUUAAGAAAUCAUAGACAGGCAAAAUAAGAAUUCAAGAAGCCACCAGGGAAUACAGAAACAAAUCGGAUCCAUUUUUUUUUAAAAUGGUUUUGCAUGGAACCUGGAACAAGGCCCAUGUCUUGUCUUUGCAGAAUUAUUUUCCGGGAUGCAAAUGGAUUCAGAUGUCAGUCCUUGAACUAGAAUCCGUUAUUAUAAUAUUUUGGAAGUUGGCAAAAUUUUUUCAAAGAUAAAAGCAGUUUUUUUACAUUGGGGGUUGCUGAGGUAGGCACAUGAAGAAAUCAGGCAUAAAGCACAAGGAAAACUGUUUGAGUGGAUUGGUUGCUGCUCACUAAAGUUCUUCCCCGAUCUCCAAAUAUGGAGGUCAUGUCUUAGAUAUGAAUGAGAGCCAGAUCCCCGUGGCUCCACCGUGUGAGCCAGUGAAUUAUGGCUAAUUCGGCAGUUUCAGCCACUGGUUGGCUGGAUUUUAAACCGUAAAACUUGAAGAUAUCUACAAAAGGAACAGUGGCUACAAGCCUGAGCUUUAAUGGAAUAUAAGUCCUCACAGAAAAGUUCGAAAUAACCAAAACUGAAGUCUUCAUCUACCUUCAGUUUAAUCUGUGGAUUUGUUUAAAUACUAAAGAUCCUCAGGUCCAGAAUUCCAGCAACAUUUAUUCUUUUAAAAUAAAUUUUUAAGAACUUGAUCCAUUGUAUCAGUACCUCACAAUCAAAGUUGGCAAACGAUGGAUGAGUGAUUCAAGCACCGUGCCCUUUGGAAGCUGAAAUCCAUCUGAAUGGAGCUGAAGUGAACGUGAAUAUGCUGACUAUAUCCUGGAAGCAUUUUUAUACCAUCUUGAAAUUUCAACAAACUGCCUUUUGCCAGUUUAUCCAGCUGUCUUUCAAGAAUAAAAGUUGGGGUUUUCAAGGAUCGCCUCUUCUAUAUUUUAAAUGGAUUUUCAGUAUGAUCUUUACUAAUCAAGUUAAUCCCACCCCAUCAAAAGGUAUUCCUAGAAGUGUCAGAACCUAGGUAACUGAAUUGAAUGGGAGCUAAUGUUCUUUGCAGAGUUUUCAGGUAUAUUUUGUGCAACACCUUCUCAACCAGGAGGCAAGUAACCCCACUUCCACAAUCUUAGUAUUUUUUUUUAACUGCAUGCCUGCCCUUUAUUUGAGCUGCCUUUUAAUUUAUUGCAUACCCUUUUUAUUAUCUUAUUUUGGUAUUCAAUCUAUACAAUCUUUUUGUAUUUAUUGGGAAAUGAGUAAUAUACAAAAAGGUCGUUUUCAUGAAUUAGUGGCUGAGAGGGAGGGAAUAAUUGUGUAUAUAAAAUUAGGCUUUUUUAAAAAUUAGAUUUGAUUCAGAAUAUCUGAUCUUAGAUUUUUAAAAAAUAGUGGAAGAGCCACAAACAUUGGUGCCCUUUUCAGACUAUUUCUCUACUCUCAUCAUCCACAGUAGACUUUUUAAACAGAUUUUUUUAAAGCAAUUUUUUUUUUUUUAAUUUUUCUCCGUUGCAAAGAAUGUUUCCUAAAUUGUAUGGGAGCAAUAGUAUUUUUGAUGUUUUAAUGACAUCCGUAUACUUGUACUGUAUUUUGUACUACAAGGCAGCUGUUUUCAAUAAUGUCCUGCUGUAUUUACCUAUGUGUUUUGAGUGUUUAUUUCUUUGCUGCGGAGAACAAAUCCCUAAAUAGUUUUAGUAAAGGAGCUGAGAAGCUAGCGUUAUUAGGUUUGCAGAAACUGUUUAAGUUUCAAACUCUGAGGCAGCAAUGAAAAUUAAGGUUGCAGCUCUUAGUUGAUUGCUGUAACUUUUUCAUUUUCAAAACAUGUAUAAUUCCUGUAGAGACCAACUUGUUUUCCUGCUUCAGUGGUGGUUCUGUUGCUCAGCUGCCGUGAGCCAGUUCAGUUUUGCAAAGGUGCAGUACCUCUCCUUUCUAAGGGGUUGGUUUAUUCUUUUUUCUUUUCUUUUUGUUUGGCUGAAUUGCAGUAACUAGCCUUGCCCUUUCUACUCUGUAGAAAUGACAGGGUCUUCACAAUCCUUCACCAGUGGCUACUAAGCUAUAAUUAGCUGAACAGAAAGAAUGUGGAAGUGGUCUGAGGCAUAUAGAGUAUAUGCCAAGAACACUACCAUAUAUGGCAUCAGCUUUGGUUACCAGAGAAAUUUUCUUAGUCAUUAGAUCGUAUAACAGUAGUAUAUCAUAUGUAAAUCUUUAGAUAUCAAUUUGAGAAUCCUCCAAAAAAAGGAGCAAAGAAUGCAUAAGCUAUGUGUUGGAAAAAGUAAUUUAUAUUAAAAUUUUGACCUGCCUAUGUAAGAUUAAGUGGUAAACGUCAUAGUGGUGGGUUUUUAAGUCUUAACCAAUCUCAAAGGUUUGUUUCUCCUGCAGGGGGUGGUUCACGGCCUCUUCUCACUGCAGGAAGAUUACAGGAGGAUGUGGAUUAAUUGUAGCAUUCACUGAUCCUCAUUCCAGUACUAGGGACAAUAGAAAUCUGCAAAGCAUAGAGACUACACUUUUGGUGUGUGGUUUGUUAAACAAGGUGAUAGUAACAGGCUAGCUUUCAGAACUCAUUCAAAAUAUUGCUUAUUAAAGGAAAUGAUCUUUGUUAAUUUCAGUCAGAAAAUGGCAUUGUACAGACUAUGGGAAACCAAUUUUUUUGUAUUGUCUUUCAACCACUAUUAUGAACAGUGAUUUAGGGCUGUUUUUCAGCUUUGGCAAACAUCCCAGCUAAUCACAUGUUCAAAACAGUCAUAUUCCUGAGAAGUAGGGAACUAAAAUUCCUUUUCAGACAAUUGGUAGAAUGUUUGUUUCUCAACCUACUGCUGUUACAGACAUGAGAAAUCAAACUUUAGGAACAGAAUCAAAAGAGCAAAAAUCUGUGUCAAGAUACUCCUCUUCCCUUCUGGUUUCUAUUGUCCCUACCUAUCAUUCAAGUAGAAUGGCACUUGUAGUCAGCAAAGAAAAUUUUCAGUGCAUAUGCUGCACAGUACAAAAUGUAAAUCUGUAUGGCACCAAAAAAUCAAAGUGAAAACCAAACCAAAAACCCAGACACCCUAUGUUACUAUGGGAGGCAUGUAGGUGGUGUAAAUGACUGUAGCUGUGAUGCACACAUGGCUACUUGUCAAGUCACUUUCCAUAAUUAUUUACUGCAAAAUGAUUGAGAGGCUUUGGUGCAGGCAGCCUAUUAACCUACUACUUCCUUUGUUACCUCUCAAUCACUUUGCAAUAAAUUGCAGGUCUUUUAAGAGGUUCAAGCUUCAGUUUUCUCAAAAAACAAAACAAUUUUCCUGGCUUAUCUGAAAAUGCAGGGUUGUGGGCAAAAGAGGCUGGUUAUAAUAAUGCCCUCAUAUUGAGUGGUCUGUAAAUGGCUGCACACUUCAGGCACUAUAGUUGCUGAGGAUGCUUUGUUACAUGUGACCUUGACUGGCUUUACAGGGGGUAGAAUGUGCUCUACACAAGGUAUUAAAAGGUAACUAUUCAUUUGUGUCUACCUUGCUCUUGAGGUGGAUGAAAUUAAGAAGCUUGAGUGUGUAAGCCAUGCACAUAGGUAUUCUUCACUGUAAAUUUUGUUUUCAUUUUUAACCCAAUUAUGGUACUUUGUCCAAUGCACAACUGAUCUCUCAGUAGAUAUUCAUUUGAAACUAGUGUGGCCUUGAUCGGUGAGAAGGGGAAGGAAAGAAGUGACUUUUUGCUUAUGUAAAAUGACUCGUUUGCCGAGAGUCAUUCUGCAGCACUCUUAGUGUCUAAUGCGUUUGUGAUCAGUCUCCUUGUUGAUUGGGGAAAGUUAAUGUUUUUGACCCUGGAGUUAUUAAUUCAAUUGAGUUGUCUUCUGUUUUUAGGAAGUAUCAGAAUUGCUGUGAUAAAUAACAAAGUUGACUGCUUUGAUGUCCAAUCUCAGGUUUUAGAGUAUAUAUAGUGGUGUAAAAUUCCACUGUUAACUCUUAAGACAGUUUUAAUUUCGUACACCCUAAACGUCACCUGCAUAAGGCCUGUUCAGAGAGCAGAGCCUCCCAUCUUUUUGCUCCUUUUCCACUUUGUACUUCACUUGAGAAAGUGUCACGUGAUUUUACAUUGUAUAUUUCCAUUUUAACCCUGACAUAUUUCUCAAAGAUAAAGCACUUUUUGAUCAUGAAAUACAUGGAAUCUUUGUGUGAUAUGGAUCAUGGUUUCUCAGGCUCCCCUAGGUAAUUUGCUUAUGAAUAUCAUUCUAACUGUGUCAGAAGAGUGGAAAUCUUUGCUAAUGUUAUAAAGUUUGUAUUAUUGAUCUAGAAUGCAUUUUGCUAGCUUCCAAUGGAUGGGAGAGUAAAUAAUGCUGCAUUCACAAUAUAAUAAGUUACUUUCCCUUGAGCCUUAAGGUAACUUUUUUUUCUGUCAAUAACAGCACUGAAGUUAUAGUAAAUGAAUGAGAUUACCAGUUUUCAGGGUUGGUUUUAGAGUACUGUAAAUCAAUUAGCUGUCUUCCUAAACAGUUACUAUUCCCAUUGAAUAAACUGGAUAAUGGGUUUGUGGGGGGGGCGGGGGGGCAGGGAUUGUUUGUAGAAAAGAAAAAAAGAAAAAAAAAAAGAACCACAUUUACCUAAAGAAAAAUAUAGACACAAAAGAAAGAAGUACAUGACAAUGCCUCAUUUGAAAUUCCAGACAUAAGGUGGAAAUGGCAAAUUAUAACCUCAUUUCCCUGUUUUUAAUCUAGAAAAGCAAAGUCAUUAAUUUUCAAGUGUUAGCCCCCAGAAGUUUCAAGAGAUAGACUGAAUGAUACUGAUGUUGAGUUAAAGCAGCUUUAACUAAAUAGACAGAUAUUGAUGUAUCAAGAGAAUUCUUCUUGAUACAUCAAUAUCUGUCUGCUAUUUAGUUAAAGUUGCUGUUCCCAGCCCUCAGUCUUAAAACUUAGUUUCAUUACUGAUGAAUUUAACAGACUCUUAUUUCAGUAAAUGUGGUCCAAUUGUCAGUAUGAAAAUUAAAUUUGGAAAAUACUACUGCAUCAUGAAGACUUAUUACUCUAGUAAUUUCCAGUUGAUAUCUGUACCCCUGAUCUAAGUAAGACCUUUAUAAAUGUAUUUUAUAUUUCCUAAUGAAAUAGAGAAUAUGCCAUCAAUGUAAUCACCUUUAUUUGCAAUCUUUUACUUUUCAUUUGAAAAUCUAACUCACGCCUCUUGAAUUAGACAUUCCAGUGGGGAUAGGUAAAGCCAUGUUAAAACAAUAGCAAAUGCCAAAUUGGUAGUGUCACUGCUCAAUAGGACUUCUAAUAACAAGAGGGCAGAGCUUUAUUUGAUGCAAAAAUGUUAUUUUUUUCCAUAGGUGAUUCUAACAAAUGAUUUGAUGAAAGAGUAUGACUGUACUUUUGAUUAACAUGGGAUUUUGCGUCUAGGAACAUAUUUCAUUUUCCCUAUGUUAUAUGUAAAAUAUCCAUUGACAUGGAUAAGAGAGGGCUGAUCAUACCUUUAGUAUGAUGAAAUGUGGGCCCAGAGUAUUGAAGAGAAAGCAAUAGACCUAUUCAAGUUCAUUGUCCACUAGCAUAUUGCAAAAGAAGGAGUUUGUCUUUUUUUUUCUUCCCUAUUUCGAAAACAUCAAUGGGUAAACCUUUCAAGAAAAUUGAUUUAGAUCAUCUCUUAUUUCUUAAAGGCAAACUCUUAUCCCCAGCCUUGCCCUGUGUUUCAAGAUCAGGCUGGCUCAAAGAAUCUUUACACGUACUUGGAAAUAGAGUGGCAAGUAGUAGAUUUCUUCCCUUUUUAAAUUCCUUUUUCAGGGACAUACAACUGCAGGGAGAGUCCCAAGAAACUUGAAAAACAGGUACGUUUGUAUCGUAGGAAUUUGAGAGUUUCAUUUUAAACUGUUCAGAUAUGAGGCGUUAAACCCUUUUCUCCCAGCCCACAUGUCACGUCAAAAGCUCUCUGGAUUCCUAGAAGCUAAUAGAUUGGGAAAAGUCCAGAAAAUGAUAUUAAAUCAGUACAGGGCACACUUAAAAAGAGUUUUGCAUGUUUUGGUAGCAGGCAAGUAAAUUUGAGUAUUUUUCCGAUGAUUAUCAAUAUUUGAAUAAUAACUAAAGUUACCAGUGUAUUUGGACUUCUUUUUUCUAAAGUUCUAGAAUGAUUAGUAGGAAUUUAUUCUUCCUUUUGCACCUUCAUGCAGAUGUUUUUCCAAGACCAUUUUUAGAAGUCUGUCCAUCUUGAUACAUAUUUCCAGAUGACUCGCUUUCUAUAGUAACCUUCAUUGCCAGUCAUAUCUACCAGGGGCUUCCUUAGACUGGAUUCUUCUUCACUCCAAAGUUGGGACUGAUGUCCUGCCAGUAGAGAAGUAAUUUGAAUGAAUUAAAACCAAAUCCUGAUAGCAGGAGACAGAGCUUCCUGAUCUAGAUGUACAACUAGAGUUUAGGUUAGGAGUUACUUUAAAGGGGGUUUUGGGGGAUGUCUUCAGUCUCUGUAAAUAUCCACAUGCUUGUGCAUUGUAAACCAAGUGUGUACUCCUAUGUAUGAAUUUGUAGAACUGAUUUCUGCUUCAAGAGAAGCUGCACCUUUAAUUUUAUAAGGUCCCCUACACCUGUUACCCUAUAAAUAUUUGUAAAUAGAACACUAAAAUUUGUAGUGAUAGGAUCAAUUUGGGAAUAUCUGCUGAGAGACCAAAAAGUUCAUUUUUUUAAGUACCUUGGUUAAAGAGUAAAGAUUAUUCCUCUUAUUUUUUAAAAGAAGAAUGCACUUUAACAAACACAGAGCUGCAUGGUCAAUUCAAACAAAUCCGUGAAAUGCAGUACCCAUUCAGUAAUCAUACUUCCUGGAAACUGUUCAAAGAGUGUAGAUGGGCUGUUGAUCUCACUGCCUGGAGGUUGAAGCUCAGAUUCCGGUCAAUUUAAGAGAUGAGCAGGGCUGCUUCAAAAGAGCAAUGUGAAUACAGCCAGAAGCUUCAGUCAGGUCUGUAAAAUGGCGGGUCCCGUAUUUACCACUAACUAGCAAAACUGACAGAAAAACUCAUAGAGAAAAAAGAAUCCUUACUGCUGGUGUGCACUUCUUACAAUAGCAGACUUUUGCAGAUGGAGUUUUACAGUCUAUAUUUAAAAAAUUGUAUGUUUGUAACAAAUAAAGUAUGCGAAAAAGUGAA